UGUUUUGUCGUGGACUGAGAUCACAUCGACACGUCUCCUCACGCUGUGCCUCAAACCCUGUCACUGAAACCCGCAUCAACCAGCACCCAAGCAGCUCAGCGUGAGACGCAACCAAAUCAACGAGCUAGUGUUUGGUAGUAAAUUCAUCAAACACGACGCACGUGGCAACUCUUCUAUGUGGGGCAGAACAGAAAUCUGGCACCACCAGGCAGCAGUGUGAAUCCCUGGGUGUGGGGAUGAGGUGGGGCGCUCAGCCACAUUUCCCGAGAGAAACUUUUAGACCUUUUUUACUUGUGGUUCGUGAAAUUAUCAUCAUGGCGUCUCUUGUCUAUUUUUAUAAUGCCAAUAUCACAUCAAAACUAUAUAAAUAUAUGAAAUCCGUAAUUUAAGUAUUUUCACUAUUUCUCUAAAACGAAACUGUAAGUGCAUUAAAAGUAGCGGUAAACAAUGAUGCGCGCGAGGAUGUGUGGGGGUAGCAAGGGGUGGGUGACGCUGGUCUGCACCUUAUCGCUCUGGGUGAGUGGUGCGGCGGUUGCGGCAGAGGACUGUGUGCAGGGUGUGGGAUGCUCCCAGUGUCCCGCUGGCCACUACACACGGGCCUCAAAUGGUUCCCUGCUGUGCUGUCCCUCGUGUGCUGCAGCGGUGCUCUACCAUGGAGACUUCCCCAGCAGCUGGUGUGCUUGCUAUGCCGACACGGAGAACCAGGGCUCACCGGGUCCCCGCAUGAUUCAGUUCCCAGGACCUGCCAGGCUCUUAAGUGGGGGAAGUGCAAGCCUCGGAAGCAGUCCCUCAUUUCAGGAUGCCUUCUUCAUUAUCAACCACGGACCCGGCGGACUAGGACACUCAGGCAACGGGCGUGGUGGCGUGUCACCGGCCGUGCAGCAAGCCCUCACCCUGCUGGCAGACACCCUUGAGAACCUGCACGCCCGCGUCAUAAGGCUGGAGGAGAUCGUCGCACGCACUCAAGACUUGCAGCACUCCGGGAGCCUUAACCGCGUGGGCACUGCCACUCCCCCUACUACCAUUCCCGCCACACCGCCCAUCGAUAAACCCUGUCCCACCAACUACUCCAGGAUAGGCGACAACUGUUACUACGUCUCCAUGUGGCAUGACUAUCGCGCCAUGUGGCAGGAUGCUCGGACAGCCUGUGAGGGUCUGAGUGGUAAACUUGCAGAGCCGGCGACUCGUGGGGAAUUCCUUGGCCUGACACGGCAACUGAGCUCCAUCUCGGCUACCAGUGGCUUCAGCUACUGGCUCGGUGGGCUGUACCCCGGAGUGUCCUGGCUGUGGAUCUACGCCGGGAAGAAUGUUACUCUUACCCCCGCCUACUGGGCUGAGGAGGACCUGACAGGGAAGAAAGUAACACCCGGGGAUACCUCGUCUGGCCGCUGUCUCUCCCUGACUUACUCUUUCAAGCCGUCUAAAUAUUACUACUUGCCAGAUGACUGUGGCUUUGAAAAGUACUUUAUAUGCCAGCUGAUCGAUAGUAGUCAGCAGAGGAUGAUUGAAUUAUGAUUUAUGAUGCUGCCUCUCUUUUGUGUUCAGUCUGAAGUCGAAAUCUCCGGAUACUAGUACUAGUUUGCAGAUGAUUAUGGCCUGUAUUUUUAAAUAUUUUGUUUCAAUGAACUGUUUUCAUAGGUCACAUUAAUGAUUAAGCAGAAUCUAUUGAUGACGCAAAAUCCAUCUUUGUUAAAGUAUCACUAGAAUCAUGCAAGCAAUUCGAAUAAUUUCAGUUCGAGGUAAAGCAUUGAACGUGUGAUAAUACGGAUCUUUGGCUUUCACUAACAUUUUACAUGGCAGUUGACAGAUAGUGGCCAGCAAAGAAUGACUGAACUGUAGCUAAAAAUGCUACUGAAAUUAGGUUUUGUUGGGAAAUCCAAAGAUGUUGAGGACGAAAUAGUCAAGAGUAGUUUUUUUGCCUUUAGGUCAUAGACUGUGGUAUUGAUUAUAUGGGACUUAAGGAUCUUUAAAAUCAGACCUUAACUGAAAACAUAAUCUAAAUGGUCAAGCUUAUGGAAGGAGCCGAUGGGAGUCGAGGCCGGGACAGGACUUAAGGUACGCAAUUCUUUACCAAACGAGCCAUAAUGACUGAUCGUCCUUGUCCUAGUGGAGUUUGGUUGACAUUGUCCGUUCGGUCAGUACAACAGAAACGUACAUUCUGACUACAGUAUUUUUACUUAUGUAUGCGUGGCCGCCCGUGUUAUAUGAUUUAUCUAUUUAUUCAUAUUUCUUAGUGUCUUUUUUAGUGUUUGAACCUUUUGAUGCACUGAAAGAUUUGUUAGUUCCACACUUUUACUUAAUCACCUUACAAUAGCCACUCGACAGACGCUCUUAACAAUCAUAGACCAAGUUACACAUCAAUGACAGUAUAUGAUUGACAUGUAAAAAGAAAAAAAUAAUAACUACGUAAUCUGAUACAUUCUUCCUCCAUGUACCUGAACCCAUCGCGUCGUGCUACACAAGGCACGGUGAUUGUAUACAGGUAAUAAUGUUAUAAAUACUAAUACCCU